AUCCCAAUUUCUUUUGCACAGCACGACACCGGGGGCUUGAGGAAUCAUUUGCUCUCGAAGGAUUGUUCAGAAGGCUUCUCUGUGAACAAGGUCUUCUAAGAACGCCUCUGCAAUGACUGAUCUGUCUGCCACACUAUCCUCAGUUCUGAUCGAGAAGCACUCGUCAAAGUCCGUCAUCGGUCGCAAAAGAGACCUCUCAGAAAACCUCGACUCCUUCUUAAAGGAGGCAUAUAGCAUUAAUAGAUCCAUCUCGUCGCUACUCCGGUAUCUGCGAGCUUUACGCACGCCGUACCUUUCCACCGCAGCACCACCCCGGCACCAGAGGCGGCCGGGAGCAUUGUCACCUUCUACCGGGACUUCAUUACAGAGUGGCGAUGUACCAGAACACUUGGACGAUGCGCAAAGGGAGAAAAUUGACACCGAGACGUCCUCAGUACUCCGCGACAUCAACAAUUCGAUAACAAACCUGUCGUCAGCGGUCAAUCUACAACAUGAGACAGCGGCGAAGAUCAUAGAAAAGAAAUAUGGGCGGCCCAGUGGAGUCCUCUGGCGCUGGGCGGCGGGAGACGGCGACGUGCCAGACGCAGGCAAAUCCGAGGAACAGCUGGGAGAGGAGGGCCAGGUUCGGACAUUGAAGAUGUUUCGAGAGGGCGUCCUGUGGUAUCUGGGCAGUAGACUGAAAGACCUUGUGACCGUUCAACAGGACAUGGUGGAGAAAAGACUCGAGCGCGAGCGACAAAAGCAGAUGAGUGUCCUUUACGAUCCUAGGAACAAGAGCGUGCGCGCUGGUACGCGGAUUGACCCCGUGGCUACUGCGCCAGAUGGGCUCCCAAAACGUGACAUGCGAGGGCACGACGAGUACAAGCCGUGGAACGAUGCAUCACAAGGUGGGAAUGAGCAGGAGCUCUCGCCGGAGCAGUUACAGCUUUUCGAGGAGGAGAACAGAGGCCUGUUCGAGCAUUUCAAUGACCAACUGGCCAAGGUUACGCAGGCUGAAAAGAGUUUGAUGGAAAUUGGCAGUUUGCAGCAGACUCUUGUUGGGCACCUUAGCGUCCAGGGUGAGAUGAUAGGGAAUCUGGUGAAUGAUGCUGCAAGUACGGACGAGAACGUGCGAAGGGGCAAUCGUGAGUUGAAGAAGGCAAGUGAGCGUGGAAGUACCGCGAGGUUGGUAUUCUUUGCGACGGCUGGAUUCUGCUCUUUCCUGGUGGUCUGGGAUCUUAUAUUUUGAGGGAUAUCGAGAGUCACGAUCAUGAUGUUCAAUGAUGGGACAUACGGUCUAGGCUGGCACGGCUGGGCAGCUAUAUAACUGGCACCCCAGAUUUCCAGCUGGAUCCGACUUCUCCCGAGCGACCUCCAAGCUCCAGGGCGGGGCAGCGAUAUGGAGCGCUCCGGGGCAUGGAGUGGCUCACUAAAUGCUCAUACAGUAGCACGAGAAACGUGUGGCUUUUCCGUAGGCUUGACAAAGACCUUUGGGCGAGCAGAACGCAGACCAUAGGGAGCACAUGCAAAUCUACACAUGAAUUGAGGAAAGCGUAGGACAGUGAGAACACAGGUAC